CGAGACCCGAAGACCAAAAUGAGCCGAACUAAAUAUCCAUAGUAUCACCGCCGCUUCCACGCGAGGCGAACUACUGCAAUGGCCCUGAGACAUCGCCAACCAGGCAAUCUCAACUUGAAUCUAGUCUGAACGACUAAUGCAUCGCCAUUGGGUACCUCUCUUCGUCUACGGCGGAUGUAUGCAAGCGAUGAUGCCCCAGAUGUAACUGUCUCACUUGGUUUUGCUAGAGGUCUCCACUGUUUGUACAGGGCCAAGCGAUCAUUCCCUACUACAUUGUCUCAGUUACCAUACUUCCGACUCGGGUACUGACAUCAGGUUAGCUAACCUCCGUCAGACCACCAGCCCAUCAUGACUAGAGCAGGGUACCUUGGGAUGAGCGGUCUGGAAAAAGACCCGAUAGCAUACGGAGUAGUGUUCACUCUCCUCUCUUGAGCCCCAAGAAAAAAAAAAGGCAAAAGAACAACCGACUCUAAAAACACAGGCCAUCAAAAAACCUAUAAAGGCACGGCCUCCCACCACCCCAAAGCUCAUAUCAAACAAUCAUCCCUCUCAAUCACUUCCAUACUUAGCCCAAUCCAAGACCUAUCAAGAACAAAAUGCAGCUCAAAGCCCUCUCCCUCCUUGCCCUGACCCCCCUGGCAGCCGCCGUAGGCAACGCAGUGGUCAAGAACUCCUGCGACCACCCCGUCUACCUCUGGUCCGUCGGCGGCUCUGUCGGUCCCAAGCAAACCAUCGAACCGGGCAAGUCCUACAGCGAGCCCUUCCGCCACGACGACGCCUCCGGUGGCGUCUCCCUGAAGAUCACCACCGUCGACAACGGUCUCUACAACGGCAGUCCCCAGCUGAACUACGCCUACACGCUUGACAACGCCGGCGUGUGGUACGACAUGUCCGAUGUCUUCGGUGACCCCUUCUCCGGCAGCGCAGUGGUCAUCAAGCCAUCCGAUACUUCCUGUCCUUCUAUCUGCUGGCCACAGGGUGUCUCGCCCGGCGGUAGCCAGGUGAAGGUGUGCCAGAGUGGAUCGGAUGAGGUCCUAGAGCUUUGUGCCGAGGAAUGUUAGGUUCGUUUUGCUUCCUUUAGCUACACAAUACGGUCUUCCUAGCAUGUUGGCUAAUGGACAAGACAGGGGAUUUUGUAUAAGACUGGAUGAAUCAAUUUCGUCACAGUUAACAACCUUACGCUAUGUUUAUGUCCUGGGUCAUGGGAUUGGGGUUACUUAAUGAACAUUUGGAAACUAUGUGAUAAUGAUAAAACUCUGUGUCUAGAGAAAUCUAGCAAAUCAUAAUUGCUCUAUUCUUCUCAACCGUGGUUAUGACGGAUCGAGUAUAUCUUGGAUCCGGUCGAUCAAAUACGAACACCGAACUGAAGAACUAUUUCUCCACCUUGAUUGUGGCCAUGGUUACUGUUACUAAUUGGUUGACGGAUUUGGAAGGUAUAC